AUGACUGCAACCCAACAAAACAUGACCUGGCUUGACAAGCUCCGAGACCAGUUGAAAAUCGAUAUCGAUUGUAUGGACCCGGCCGAAGCCAGGCUCUACGAGCAGAUGAUAUCUCCUGAAAACCAAGAGCUGUUCCUCAAGACCGUGAAAGAGGGCAAGGAGGAGGGAUGGGAGGUAAUCCUCGACCGUAUGAGUGCCCUGCUGUGCGCCAAAAACAUUGACAACUUACAAGGGCGUGUCCUCCUUCAGUCCUCGGCCUUCCAUGCUUACGACACUGACAAGGUCGUUGCGCACGCCCGCUCCUACGCUCGCGAGUUUGAAAAGGCUGGUAUCUCGAAGGACCGUAUUUGCAUCAAAGUACCCUCGACGGGCCCUGCGCUCAAUGCAAGCCCAAUCCUUCUCAAAGAGGGGAUCCGCACCCUGGGAACUUCACUCUUCUCAGUCGCUCAGGCCAUCGCUGCUAGCCAAGCGGAAUGCCUCUCCAUCAGUCCUUACUACAACCCGCCAUGGUUUCACGCGGAUAGAAAGCAAUGGCCGGACGUACUGGAUCCAGCUCUCGAGCACCCAAUGUCAGCAAGGAUAGUCCAGAUUCAGGAGGUCUAUAAACGCCUUCGGGAAGGGACCGGGAAAACGCAGCCUCUGCUCAAGCCCGCCAGCUUCAUAUCCGCGCGAGAAGCUAUGGCGAUGGCUGAAUUUGGCUGUGAUCACGCCACGAUUCCAGAGGACAUCCUAUUACAAUUAUCCAUAUUGGAUAGCGUGGCAAACCCGCCCCCGGGAGAUAAUGUUCCUACGAAGAUUGGUGUUCCGUCGCCCCGUGUCGCUCACUUGCUGAAUGUUGAUCCUCUUGCUGGUCCUGGGUGGGAUGGUACGCUAGCGCCGACGGAGGUCGAUUACCUCAAGGACAAUGGGGCAGCUUUAACACAAGCAAUUGCUGCAGACCCGUUCACUGAGAAAGGACUUUAUGAGGCGCUGGAGGCUUUCAAGGCGAACGAGUUACAAAGUCGACGUGCAAUCGAGGAGGCAAUGAAGCAAUUCUAA